GUCGAAGUGUCAAUUGGUUAUGUAAAACACGACAUUUGUUUAUCCAAUUGGGACCCGAGGAUGGCGAGUUUAUUCCGCAUUGGCGUGUGCCGUAUUUCGGGCAAACACGCGGCCAAAACCUUGUUCAACGGCGACAAGCCGGUGACUUUGGUAAGAUGCAUCAGCGGUAAAAGUGUGAUCAGGGAAGAGGUUCCAAAACCAGCACCAUAUCCUUACGAAACGAAAAAAUACGGCUAUAUCAGGUCCCUAUUUGAUAGAACAACGUCCAGGUUCGAUGAAAACUCCAAGAUAAUUGUUGUCGAAGGCCCAGUGGCCUCAGGGAAAAGCAAGUUCGCCAAACAAUUGGCUGAUGAACUGGACAUGUUAUACUUGCCAGAAGCCAAUAUGGAUAUGUGGUACAUCAACCACUAUGGGUAUGACUUGAGGAAACUGGAUGAACAACUUCCAGAGUCAUGCAGAAGUUUUGAUGUCCAAGACUUCUUGAGGAACCCCAAGCACAAACAUUCUGCUAGAAUGCAACUUGAUCAAUAUUAUAUAAAGUUCUCUCAAUAUGUAGAUGCUUUGGCUCACCUAUUGAGCACAGGACAAGGGGUCAUUUUGGAUAGAUGUGUGUAUUCCGACUAUGUAUUUACUGAGGCUAUGUAUAGCCAAGGAUACUUAUCAAGAGCUGCCAGAACCAAGUAUUAUGAAUAUAGAGACAACACUCUCUCAGAAUUGAUGAGGCCUCAUUUGGUUAUCUACUUGGAUGUGCCAGUCCCUAAAGUAAGGCAGAAUAUUCAAAACAGAGCCAUCUCAUAUGAGAAGGAUUCCCCUGUUCUCACCCCUCAAUAUUUAGAUGUCAUGGAAAAAAAAUACAAACAAGACUAUUUGAAGUCUAUUAGUUCUCAUUCUGAAUUGCUUAUUUAUGAUUGGUCUGAAGAAGGAGAAGUGGAUGUAGUUAUUGAAGAUAUUGAACGAAUUGAUUUUGACCAUUAUGAUGAACAAGAUCGUAAAAUGAAGGACUGGGAUCUUCCAAAGGAGGAGGAUUGGGCUGCAAUUAGACGCCGAUAUGCUGAUGACAAGAACCUGUUGUUGAGCUACUUCAACAUUCCUUGCUUUGAAGUGCCAGAACUUGUUGUUGGACCUGAAGAUGCUGAUACCUACUACCAAGUUUUGUUUGAAGCACCUGGAAUGAAAUAUGAAAGAGGCUACAACUCUGAUUUGGGAGAUGGAAGCACAUUACUCAGGGGAUCAGAACCACCAAGGCCGACUUUGCCAAGAACAGAAAGGAGGCAAGCUGCCUAAUUUCAUUGGGAGGUGUAAAUAAGAAACAAUGUUCUUUAAGAUUUUAAAAAUAUUUAAUGCAAUCUGUUAAUAUUAAAUUAAUAAACGCGAUAACUUGUAA